CGAGCGGAGAAGACGAGCGGGCCGGCGAGGGAAGUUGAGUUUUUGUCAACAUUGCAACUGUACUCCAACGAGACGCGGUCCAGUCUCGCGCACCAUUUUCAAAACGUAGUUGGUGUAAUGAAAGAUACGAUGACAUCGUCUUGGGUGCCAGGCGCAGGCAAGCAACUGUUCCCAGGCGCGAAGCCUGCGUGCCUGUCUUGCCAGGUGCUGGCCAAGGCGCUGUUCCAGUUCCUCCGCAGCACCACAGACACCGCACUCUUCUACAAGAGCCUCAUUGCCAUCUGCCAGAAGCUGCUCUUCAGACAGCCUGGCGUCUGUUCGGGGCUCAUAAAGAAUGAGAAGGACGUGAUGGAGUACGUCGUACGUCGUGGUCAUGUCAAUCACGUUCAGUUGUGUGCACUCAUCUUCACCUCCAGCUACUUCCCCACUCCGCCCUGUGGACUUCAAUUCCAGGACAAGGAUUGGAGCGUUAAUAUUCCUGGUCCUAUUCCUACUGGAUCCUCGGGUCAGCUCAAAGAUGAGGUAAAUUUAAAUUAG